AUGGAUUGGCUUAUCUCAAAAUUGCCGACAUCGAUGCUCGAGCGAUUGAAUGAUCCAAGAUAUGGGCCGUAUGUCAUCGUCAACUGGACUGUUAUUGAUUUCCUUUUCUGUCUUGGUGCUGCGAGUGGCGGAGUAGUGCUAGCGCGCACAGAAGGCGGAAGAAGAUUCGUCAUCAAAAGCCAAAAACGAUACCAGACGAAGCUUGCCAAGCUUGAAUACAAAUAUAGUCCGAGGCAAACCGUGCAAGGGAAAGAACUAUCGAAAGAAUGGACUCAGCUGGACAGAAUGCGCGCUUCUCUUUAUAAAUCUACUGUGUCGAUUCAUCCCAGUAGUUUCCAAUUCGCGAUGUUAAGCUUUGCUGUCUUCUGGAUCAUCGCCGGCCAGUUGAGUCCGGUUUAUCUGCCACUGGCGGUGUACGUCACUCCGGCCUCUGUCGAGUACUACGAAAGAUGUUUUGAUAGAAACGUCCCCGUGUUGAAAUACAUCACUCCAAUUUCCGAAUACGCUGCCACGCUGAGCUUUGUAGAGUCCUUCGCCACGAAAGUUGAAAUGCUGAGAGUGAACGAGAAACUCGUUCAGGUCUCAUCGCGGACAGGGAUGAGAGGAAAACGAAUUCCAACACGACCAGGAAAAUCCUGGGUUAAAACGAGACCCGAAAGACUUGCGGACUCUAAGCUACCACUGGCCCUCGCGAAAGUUGAGGAGAGGAAAUACGCCGAGGAUUACACCAAAACCACAUGGGAUCCACUUUCUGGCAGAGCACCUAGACCUGCGGCUGGUUCUGAUGGCCAAUUUGAGCACACUCAUUUCAUGUCGCAGGAUAAUGUAAGUCCGAGCAUGGACAGGAGUGCUUGGGAGCUGGGUUUCGAAGGCGCGGCCGAAAUGUACCCUGACUCGCCUGUAGAGGACCAGCCAGAUAUUUGGAUAGUCCGCCGCAUUCAGCCAAAGUACAACCCCCGUCUUGUUAACAGAAAAGGAUGGUAUGAUGGCUAUAUCUACAAAGACCACGAAAAGACACUUAUCUACGAAUCAGAGCACCGUCUUCCCGCCAAGGUGCAAUCGAUCCUCCACGAAAUGAACCUUCUGAACAUCAACGACAUUUCUGUUCAAUUUAACACCGCAGAGGUCAACGAUUUGCUUUGGGAAGUGAAGAGUUACGUCUCAAUCAUGCCCCUGCGAAUGCCAGAUGGUUUGCCGGAGACAGAAAUCGAUUUAGAAAACUUUCGACUUUUAUCCACUGGCGAGUUGAUAAACUCGGCUUUGCGCUUGCCCAAGCACGUGAAACAAUACUCAACCCAGCCAGCGAAGGGAAUAAAGCUAAAGGAAGAUACAAAAGACUUGGAAUCACUCAAAACUGGAAUAGAUAGUCGUCAAAUGAAAUUUGGGCACAAUUUGACGCAGUGGCAAGAAAAUUGGUCUUUUGAAGAAAUUUUGAGUGAUUGA